AUGGAUAUCGAUUACUAUUCAUUAUUAAAUUUAAAAAGACAUUGUACCAAAGAUGACAUACAUAGAGCAUUUGGCAAAUUAGUAAAUAGUCAAAUUCAAAAUUGUUGUUUGGUUAUGUUGUGUGAAGCAUAUGAGGUAUUAUCUGACCCAUUUCGCCGAGCUAUAUAUGAUGAAUAUGGUGAAGAGGGAAUUAAAAAAGGUGUAAAUACCAAUGAAUUGUACAUUGGUCCAUGGACCUACCAUUGUGAUGUGAAAAGUACAUAUUUGUAA